AUGGCCGACCAAGACAAGGACAAAGCCGACUCCAACAAACUCGCUGUUCCAAAAGGUGGCAACGGUGGAGGCGGCGGUGGUGACAACAGCGAUGGCAAUGGCGAUGGCGGCGAUGAAGGGCUGGAACCAAAUAUGGAGGAUCUCUUUAAAAUGGUUUCGGACGUGAUUGAUGGUGGCUGGUAAGGGGAUCGCAGAAAGGAGGAGUCUGUAGAAACUGAGAAAUAGACCUGCCUAGAAUUAGCACGACAAAAUCCACC